AGGUUCUCAGAAUAUCAAGAAAUGUAAUGAAACUGCAGUACAACACAAACUUCAAAGUGACUAAUGGAAAAUUAUAGCAAGAAGUUCUACUGAUGUCGGAGUGUUAGAACAAACAUUAUUCAAAUAAGUUGCUUCCUUUAAUGAUGUCAAGUGUUGCUUGGUUCAAAUGCAUUGUCUGGUUUCUUCUCUGCUGUUCAAACUUUUGGUCUCAAAAUAUAGUAACUACCUAUGCAUUUGGAAAUGAGACCGAUCAAUCAGCACUGCUCAAAUUCAAAGAAUCAAUAGAUCUUGACCCUAAUGAAGUGUUCAACUCUUGGAAUAGUACAAGCCACUUUUGCAAGUGGAACGGAGUCACAUGCAGUCCACGACACCAAAGAGUUACAGAGCUAAAUCUAACAGGAUGUCACUUGCAUGGUUUCAUAUCACCAUACAUUGGUAACCUUUCGUUUUUGAGAAAGCUCUUCCUCGAGGACAAUCACUUCUAUGGUGAAAUUCCACAAGAAUUGGGGCGUUUGUUCAGAAUACGUGUACUAUAUUUCACCAAUAACAUCUUAGGGGGAGAGUUUCCUAUCAGCUUGGCAAAUUGCUCUGAACUGAGAUACUUAAGUUUAGAUAGCAAUCUUUUCACUGGUGAAAUACCAAGAAAGAUUGAAUCCUUUGGCAAUCUUAAACAGUUGAGAAUUCGGGGGAACAAUCUAACUGGACAAAUCCCACCUUCCAUUGGAAAUUUAUCUUCCCUCACUCGACUUUCUUUGAGUUCAAAUACACUGCAGGGAUUCAUUCCAGAAGAAAUAGGCCUCCUGAGAAAUUUGAGAAUAUUGGGCUUGUCAAAUAAUAAACUAUCUCACAGCAUUCCACUUUCCUUGUACAAUUUGUCAUCUCUCUAUAUCUUCUCACUCACAAACAAUCAAUUUAAUGGCUCUUUUCCAGACAACAUGUUCCUCACCCUACCUAAUCUUGAAGAGUUUACAGUGAGUGGGAAUCAAUUCUCAGGUUCAAUCCCAGCUUCCAUCACUAAUGCAUCAGGGAUGCAAAUAUUGGAUAUUGGUGACAACCAAUUGGUAGGACAAGUUCCAAGUCUAGGGAAGUGGAAGGAUAUUUCAACUCUGCAGCUAAGUUUAAAUAAUCUGGGUAACAAUUCAUCUAAUGACUUGCAAUUUUUGAAGUCUUUGAUCAAUUGUAGUCAGCUAGAUAUAUUAGAUAUAGGGUACAACAAUUUUGGAGGGCCUUUUCCUAGGCAUGUGAGCAAUCUCACCACCAAACUCACCCAACUAAUUGCUGGUGGCAAUAACAUUUUUGGAGAAAUUCCUAUGGAAUUAGGAAAUCUUGUUAACUUAAUUACCUUGGCUUUGGAGAAAAAUAGCCUAACUGGCAUCAUUCCAACUAGUUUUGGUAAGCUUCAAAAGAUGCAAUUAUUAAGUUUGGGAGUAAACAAAUUGUUUGGAGAGAUCCCUCCUUCCAUAGGCAAUCUGAGUCAGUUGUAUUACCUAGAACUGUCAUCCAAUAUGUUUGUUGGAAAUAUUCCUUCAACCAUUGGAAAUUGCCAACAUUUACAAUUUCUACAUCUUUCAAACAAUAGUCUCACUGGAGCUAUACCAUCACAACUAUUUGGAAUUCCCUCUUUAUCUACUGCACUGGACCUAUCAUAUAACUCAUUAAGUGGCAGUCUAUCAGCAGAAGUGGGCAUGCUAAAAAAUAUUGACAUUCUGGAUGUGUCUGAAAAUUAUAUCUCUGGUGUCAUUCCUGAAACAAUUGGAGAAUGCAUAACCUUGGAGUACCUUUAUUUAAAGGGUAACUCCUUCCAUGGAAGCAUGCCUCCUUCAUUGGCAUCCUUAAAAGGUCUUAGAGAAGUAGACCUUUCUAGAAACAACUUGUCUGGAUCAAUUCCAGAAACACUACAAAACCUUUCUUUUCUGGAAUACUUCAAUGCUUCUUUCAACAUGUUGGAGGGUAAGGUGCCAACAAAUGGUGUCUUUCAAAAUGCUAGUUCAAUUUUAGUGGCUGGAAAUAGCAAGCUUUGUGGUGGGAUAUCUGAACUAAAGCUUCCACCUUGCCCUUUAGAAGCUAAGACAAGAAGAAUACACCAUAAUCUCAAGUUAGUAGUGGCGAUAUCCUGUGUGGUUUUUUUUCUUUCUACACUAUCCUGUAUCCUUGGUAUGUUUUUGAUAAGGAAAAGACACAAAAAGUCAUCUACCAAUUCAACAAUUGAUCAACUUCCUAAGGUAUCAUACCAGAACCUACUCCAUGCAACUGAUGGGUUCUCAUCUUGGAACUUGAUAGGAACAGGAAGUCACGGGUCUGUAUAUAAAGGAAUUCUUGAUCCGAUGGAAGGAUUUGUUGCUAUAAAGGUUCUAAACCUCCAAAAAAAAGGGGCUAAGAAAAGUUUUAUGGCUGAAUGUAAAGCAUUAAGACAUGUUCGGCACAGGAACCUAGUGAAGGUUGUUACAUGUUGCUCUAGUGUGGAUUACAAUGGAAAUGAUUUUAAAGCUUUAGUGUUUGAGUAUAUGCCAAACGGAAGCUUAGAGGAAUGGUUGCAUCCACAAAAUGGAAGAGAAGAACAAACAAGAACUUUGAACCUUGAGACAAGAUUAGAAAUUGUGGUUGGUGUUGCUUCUGCACUACACUAUCUUCACCAUGAGUGUGAGGAACCUAUUAUUCACUGUGAUUUAAAGCCAAGUAAUAUUCUUCUUGAUGAUGACAUGGUUGCUCAUGUUAGUGAUUUUGGCUUAGCAAGACUUCUCUCAACAAUCAACAACUUUGACAACCUUAGUACAAGUGGAAUAAAAGGGACUAUAGGUUAUUGUCCCCCAGAGAAUGGAGCAAGUUUUCAGGUGUCAACAAAAGGUGACAUGUACAGCUUUGGUAUUCUAAUUCUGGAGAUGUUAACUGGGAGACGACCGACAGAAGAAAUGUUCAAAGAUGGACACAACCUCCAUAACUAUGCUAAAAUUUCAUUUCCAAAUAACUUGUUGGAGAUUGUUGAUGCAACUCUUGUUUCAGUGGAAAAUGUAUCUCCUACAAUUACAGCAUCAGAACAGCACAACAUAUCUGAGAUUGCAGAUAAUUUGCAUCUUAAUACCAAAAUGUGUUUGCUUUCAUUAUUUAAGAUUGGUCUAGCUUGCUCAGUGGAGUUACCAGGAGAAAGGUUGGACAUGAUGGAAGUCAUCAGGGAGCUAAAUAUGAUACGAAAUGCUUUUUAUGCUUGACGAAUAAGAGGUAAUUAUAUAUAUAAGAAGUGUUUGA